AUGUCACGACGUAUACCAGAUGAGCUCUGGGUGUACAUUCUAUCUCAUUUACCAACAUUCAAAUAUCUCAGCGAUGCAGCUCUGGCUUGUCCAACCUGGCUUCGUUGCGCCUCGUCGGCGUGUCGACAGGUGCUCUUCAACGAAAUAGGCCACCACUUACUUCCCGAUGCCGUCAUGGCGCUUGAGUCGUCCAGAUUUGACUCACAAGAUCUCAACCUCAUUGCCGCCUUUAGUGACAAGUAUGUCAAGAGACGGCCACGUAUUCCUCCCACCAUCAGCUUAUCAGAUGGAUUCCUACUGGCAGAGUUACACAAGUGCGUCAGCCAUCUGGGAUCCAAAUUUCAGGACAUGGCACUGCACCGUCUCGUGAAAGAGCAAUGCAGCCUCGCCAACGACCGUCCCGACUGGCCUGACGGGCCUUCUUCAGCCGAGAAGCCAACGACUGCCGAAAUUGCUCGUUUUCAGAGAGCCCUGUACCGAUUCGAGGUCUACUGCAAGCUCUUCAAGGAUCCCGAAGUUGUACGGUUCAACCUGGACGUUGUGAACUUUCAGAGAGCGCACUUCUUUGACUACCUGUCACCUUGGGAGAUUGAGCAACUGGUUGCAACAAAGGACUUUCUUGCAGCGGGUGUCAUUGGCCCUCCGUUGCGUGCCCUAGUGGAGCUUCGCAAGACUGAGGCUCUGCAGACACAUCAUUGCGGCCCUAGAAACGGGGCACAGAUGGUGUAUUGGACCGCCCCGAUCCUGCCUCCCAAUUUGGAGCGCGGCGACUGCCACAUCAACCAGAAUCAGGCGCGACUGCUAUGCUUUGGUGUCAAGUUUCUCUACCAGGUUUCCACCUCACCGUCCACUCAGUUCUACCAACUACUUGUUGACCUCCCGCAACAGCCGCGCUAUGCCAGCUAUAACCGGGUGGGCGAGAUUUACUCAUGGUUCACAGAUGCCGUUGACAGAUGCGUCGAAAUGAGCAACUUGGAACUCCCGAUCCAGAAGGCCCUGUCAUCCUAUACUCCGGAUGAGUACAAGGAGUAUGUUCGGCAGUCCCUAGUGAGCGAGGACGCCGACAAGGGUCCGGAAGAAGCCUGGUAUUGGGCGUAUCAAUCUUUCCCAGGGUCAACCUGCAACGAUCUUCGAAUGACAAAUUGCCGUCUCUUUGGCUUGUUCUUCUGGGACUCUGCUCGACUCAACACCAUCAACUUCUUUACACGGGUCGAUGUUUGGUGGUGGAGGUGGGAAGGGGCCCGACAGCCAGACUUUGACUGGGAAGUCGAAGCGAUGUAUCCUCCGGCGUCCUUCUGGUGA